AUGCACGAGUUUGUCGGAGAAUAUGGAAAAGGUGUACGCCCGCAAACGUCCCCUCAAAGACGAAAGAGUUGACUGGCACACUUCCAUAUGCCCUCAGUAUGCGUCCCUCUGUCAUCACAGCCUCAUCGGAAGACAACCACGACGUAACAACAGCCUGCAAAAUAGAAGAUGCUAAUGUCGUACUGCAGGGUAGAACUGUGCGGGUGCAAACUGUUUACCAGAAUACGGAUGUCGUUACUGUGAGACAUAACCGCAGAAGAGAGAUUUCGCCAUUCUGGCUGGCUAUUCUCUUACAAGACGUUCAAUUAGAAGUUGAUGGAGGCAAUUUUUUAGGAAAGAAAGUACAAUUUCAGUGGCUGAACCAGACAAGUGACCCUCUUACGUACGCUCCCGAUGUCUGUGAUCGGAACUCACCCAACUGCAUUCUAACCCUAGUUUUGGGAUUCACUGCCGAGGGUUCAAGGAUCACUCAACGUCUGAGGAGGACGAGAGGCUCUGCAGGCUUGCUAACGGUGACCUGGAUGACGAAGAUGAUGGAGAUGAUGAAGAUCAAACUCUAGAGGAUGAGAGAGCAGCCGGGGAGAGUGAAAGGGAGGUGUCGCUUUUCCAAGAUUAG